AUGACCGACCGAGAAAAUGACAUAGAACCUUAUGAAGCUGUAGCAAAAGGACUAAACUCGCCUGAAAUACGAUCCAAUAGUAACAUACCAUUUGCCGACGAAGCUGUUGAAUUAGAAAAUGUCAACGAUCCAAUACGACCUCAACGCUUCAAAGACGUGGAGAAAGGAGAACCAGAAAAUCCGAAAAUUCACGCAUCCGACUUAGGAAGUGUUCACACACCAAACAGUGAUACAAUCGUAGUUGACACUCCUGAAGGAACUCUGUACAUAACUCUCGAUCCUGAUUCUUCCAAGUCAUCUAAGCCUACAAGUCCCAGUACACAGUCAACUGAUCUGUCGACGCCUAGUACGUCUAAAGCGUUUGGAGCUGAAGAGUCAGAUGCUUUGAUAACGUCUGAGUCAGAGGUAGAACAGAGAAAGACGAAUUUGAGACGGAAUUCAAUAUCGAUGCCGAAUAUAGAGCUACUACGCCAAGAUUAUUUGAACAAUACACAAGGCAAUCACAAAAUUUCAACAUCGACUUACUCAGUUAAUAACGUGUUACUAUUUAUCUAA